GCCCGACUGGCCCUAUGCGUGGCCGUAGCCAUCUAUUCCACCUUGCACUAUUUCAACAAUUUCAUCGUGCCCACCAAGGACCUUUUUGAAAUAUUUCAAAUCACCUCGGACUUUGUCUACGCUAAAUUCGAGUUCAACGCUAAACUAUUGAUCAUGUACGGUUUUGGUCGCUGCCCCGAGGGCUCUACCGCUCACGUGCUAAACCAGUACUCGGUAGGGCCCGACUCGAUGUACUGGCGCUACUGUGGGUACCUAUUUUGCUCCUACCUGGUGCUAAAAUGCUCCGAACUAACAGCCCUACUCAUCAAGGCUAAUAAGGUGUCCAUCAAUAUGAUGGUGUGCUGGCUCAAGGCCUGCGCGGGUCGGGGCCGGUCCAAGAAUGGUCAGUCUGUCCUAAUUUUUGGUCCAGAGUUUCAACGAUUGAACAGCGAUUGCACGGACACUGAGUGCGGCGGCGACGGUGGCGGCACCGGUAGUGUUGAACCGACAGAAAAUAAUAACCACAACUCGCUAGACGUGGACACUAAACCUGUAACCAUCGAUACCGUACCCGACGUGACCACUGGUGCAGCUGCGGCUCCCGUACGGUUCAAGUCGGCCAAUUUGAUGAUAGUAUGGGCGGACCUGUCGUUUGAAAUGCGUCCCAAACUGUGCCGCUGUCAACGCGGCGACGGCUCCGGACCGUUGAUACUGGACGGCAUCGCCGGCGCCAUAGAGUACGGCACGUUGAACGGCCUGUUGGGUCCCAGCGGGUCGGGCAAAACCACCUUGAUGCGGUGCCUGAACGGUCGCCAGAGUCGGCCCAUGACUCCGGACUCCCUGGUCUACGUGAACCGUCAGGAGCCAGUGGUGGCCUGUUUUGUCACCCAAAACACCGCUGAGCACCUGCUGGAGGGCCUCACCGGUCGACAAACACUGGUCUACGCGUGGAAGUUGAAGAACAGUCGCCUGAGCCGUAAGGAGACGGAUGUGUCGCUACGGGCCGGUGUGGAUGACCUGCUCCGGGAGCUGAUGAUCAGUAAUAUAGGCGAUACGCUGGUCGAGCGGUGUUCGGGCGGUGAGCAGAAACGACUGGCCAUCGCCACGGAGUUGACAUCGAGAGUGAAGCCCAACAUGUUGUGCAUCGAUGAGCCGACCAGCGGUUUGGACAGCGACGCGGCCGAAGUGGUGGUCAGGUGUCUGCGGGCGCUCACACGCCGGCACCGCAUAGCCAUCGUUGCGUCCAUUCAUCAGCCAAACAACGAGCUGUUCCUCAUGUUUGACACCAUCAAUGUGUUGGCCAAAGGCGGACACGUGGUCUAUGCCGGUCCGCCCGAUGGCCUGCGGGCCCGACUGGCCGAGUGCGACCUCCCGUGCGGCUCAGGCGAGGCCCCCAUCGAGAAAGUGCUAAAACACUCGGCACAGGGAGUGACGGGUAAUCCUGCGAUAGACCGUAUGCGACGAAAAGCGGCUGAACUCAGGGAUCAGUUGGUGAAACAAUGCCAUCAAAUGAGCGCCGAUAUGGAGCUGAUGCCGACGGGCGCCGGCCUCCCGACCCGCGCCAAGUGGUUCACUGUCAUUGACUUUUGGUACCUUCUGGUGCGGACAAUGCGGAUCGCAUACCUGUCCCAAUGGAAAGCCCUUGUCAUCCAGUUUUGUGUCUGCAUUUUCAUAGCGUUGCCAUUUUCGCGAUCACUCAAUGAGGAUAUGGUUGUGCCCGACAGCUGUUUGGCCACUAAUAUGACCGCCGAUUUGCUUGAGUGCGCCGACAGUGGCCUGUAUUUGGAGAGUCAGGCCCUGAUCUCCCAGAAUAUCAAGUACAAUAUAGUAUUUAUGACCUUGGUCACCUACCUCCAGAUUGUCAUUACACCGCUCACAUUCACAUCCGAUGUCAAUAUUUUUAUUAAUGAACAGAGAAAUGGCUGGUACAGUUCAGGCGCAUACUACUGGGCAAAAUCCACCGUGGACAUAUGCCCGGUGCUGGUCACACUACUGCCAUUCAUCGGCAUCAUGAACAAGUACAAAUCGUGGUCAAAGUUUGGCGCCUACUACGGCUUCCUAUCAAUAUCUACCCUAUGCUCGCAAUCCGUUGGUCACAUCGCCGGCAUUGUAUUCAGCCAGGACAGCAAAAUGGCCCUUGUACUAUCGUUCGGCAUACACUAUUCCAUGAUGAUACUGGGCAACUGUAUCAUCCCGGUCAAAGAGUUUCACCGCUACAUCCAAUACAUUAGCCACGUGUCCUACAUCAAGCACGCGUUCGAGAGCAUCAUGAUCGUUAUUUACGGGUUCGACCGGUGCCCAGCGGGCACCCAGUCAUCUGUGCUCAAUAGAUUCGAUCUGGCUGACGAUGAUCGGGGUAUUUUUUGGACAAAUGUGCGCAAUAUGCUCAUUGUCUUCCUGGGCUUGAAAAUGUUGGCACUGUUUUUACUCAUAUUUAAGUCCAAUUACCGCCUGUUCCGACUGUCCCGUCGACAGCCCCGCCCGGCCAGUGGCCAACCCGUGCCCAAUGGCACUGGUAAUGAUAGCAAUGACUCGCAAAACGUGGUAAAACUCUAUGAAUUUGAUACAAUCAGCGGCCAUAACGACGAUUACAACGAUUAUAAUGAACGAGAAGUAUCUAAAAUGUGA